GUGUUUUCAGAAGCGAAUAUAAACAAAACCCAAACGUAAUGCAACGGUCAAUCCUGGCAAAUUUGGUCAGCAGACUCCCUCAAGCUCUCUCCCUACCCCCCAUUAUCAUCUUCACCCGUUCCGUGUAUCCUGGAGAUCUCGCUGUCUCCAAUCUCCCUCUCUUUGGAUUCCCUUCUUUCUUUGUCUCUUCCUCUUUCCUCGAUUUCUCCUGAAUUGAUUCGGAAAUCAAUGUCGGUCGAUUCGUCUUCCGACCAGAAGCAGGACGAGUCGGCCGCCGUAGAAUCCGAUCCCACCGGUCGCUAUAUUCGGUACGGCGAGGUGUUAGGCAAGGGUGCAUUCAAGACUGUUUACAAAGCAUUUGAUGAAUUGGAAGGAAUAGAGGUAGCUUGGAAUCAGGUGAAGUUGGUAGAUGUGCUUAGGAAUGUUGAUGAUCUGGAACGGUUAUACUCGGAGGUUCACCUGCUCAAGACUCUCAAGCAUAAGAAUAUUAUCAAGUUUUACAAUUCUUGGGUUGAUACCAAGCAUGAUAAUAUCAAUUUUAUAACAGAGGUUUUCACCUCGGGGACCCUGCGCCAGUACCGAACAAAACAUAAGCAUGUAGAUUUAAGGGCCUUGAAGAAUUGGUCAAGGCAGAUCUUGUGCGGCCUUUAUUACCUCCACAGUAAUGAUCCUCCGGUUAUUCACAGGGACUUGAAAUGCGAUAAUAUAUUUGUUAAUGGGAACCAGGGUGAGGUGAAGAUUGGAGAUCUUGGUUUGGCUGCCAUACUUCGACAUGCUCAUUUAGCUCACAGUGUGAUUGGAACACCUGAAUUUAUGGCACCUGAGCUUUAUGAGGAAGAGUAUAACGAGCUCAUUGACAUCUAUGCAUUUGGCAUGUGCUUAUUGGAGUUGGUCACACUGGAAUAUCCAUAUGUGGAGUGCUCCAAUCCUGCACAAAUAUUCAAAAAAGUGUCAUCGGGCAUUAAACCUGCAUCAUUGGUUAAAGUGAAGGACCCUGGAGUGAAACAGUUCAUAGAAAAGUGUAUUGCUCAUGUUUCUGAGAGAUUGUCAGCAAGAGAAUUAUUAAUGGAUCCUUUCCUUCAACUGGAUUCCAGUAAUGGAAUCAUAGGCCGCUCUCUGCAGCUUGACACAAAAUAUACAGGAAUAGUUGGCUGCUCUAAUGUGCGUGCUCUAGUGGAGCCUUCAAUUAAUGGUCGAGAUUUCACAGUGGAAGGUCAACGGAAAGACAUUAACAUAAUUUUUUUAAAGCUUAGAAUAUCUGAUCCAACAGGACAAGUUCAUAACAUCCACUUCCCAUUUGACAUUGAAGCAGACACAUCAAUCAGUGUAGCCACAGAAAUGGUUGCAGAGUUAGAUCUUACAGAUCAAGAUGUUACCUCUAUUGCAGAAAUCAUAGAUACUGAGAUACAGGCUCACAUUCCUGAGUGGACACCUUUUAGUAGUAACCCUGGCAGUGAGAUAAUGGCUUCUGAUUAUCGUGAGUCAGAAGCUGAAGAUGAAAUUACUGCUUUGCCAAAUGACACCGAACAUCCUUGUGGUGGUCUAGUCUUAGAAAGGCUUCCUUCUGGGCGCAAGUAUUGGUCUGACUCGCCCAGAGCGACCAGCAACAUGUCUACAUCAGGGCAUACUGAAUCAAAUGAAUCAUGUGACCUGAAUUCUCAUGCCAGUCAUGACUCUUUUGUUGGGGUUUUAUGGAAAAGAAGACAGUUCCUUUAACCUGGAUGAACAAAAAAUUCGUUGCUCCAAGGGA